UCUUUCCCGUUCAUGUUCUUGCUCCUAUGGUGUGUGAGCAUUUCCAUGCGGAUCAAGCAUCUUAGAACUGAUUGUUCGGUCCAUUGGUGGUAGCCUGUGAUUUCCACUUAUGAUUUUUUUCGUCAGCUGUCUGAUAAUUCUUGUUUUCUGGACAUUCUUGAACUUUGUCAUGCUGAAAUUGCUUUAGCCAUUUGUUGCAACCAUAGAAAUCGAAAUCGAAGCACUGCACCGGCCUGUUCAGUUGCUUUAUCUGGUGAUCGGUAGUUUCGAGCAAUGACUAGGACCUAGUGAUUCUUGUGGAAUCAAGUUCAAGCUCAUGCUCACCAGCACCGAGUUUACAUUCAUCAUGGAUCGUUAUUACCUUUGCCAUAUCAGUGGCUUGUCAGAUCUCUCUGUAGUCCGGUUAUGGCACAUCUUUAUGUCUGGGGCUCCUUUGGUCGCCCUGGGACCCUCAUUUCGAUGCAACCCAGGCGCAUGGUGGUCCAAGAUCAGCCAGAACCCCACCGCCAUGUGCCUCCCAACUACCUUCUGCCCAAGCGAAUUACUUACUAGUCCUAUAGACAUAUUAUCUGUACCCAAUUCUCUUGUUAAGUUAUUAGAGCAUUUAUUUUGUUUUGCCUGUGAUGUUUCUUAAGAUGAUUUUUUUUUGCUUAGCUGUCUGGUCCUGGAGGAUUCCUGCAGCGCAGCUAUUUAUUUGAUGCCCCAUCUCUUUUUUUAUGAUGUCAACAUCUGCUUCUAAGUAUGCUAGUCAGGACUAAGGAUUCUGGAACCGACUGCCGUGCGCUAUAGUGAAUGUCUUAUUAAUUCAGGAAUUGAGCAUCAUGCUCUGUAGGGAUUUCUUACUGGAAGCUGCAUUAUUUUAACUUGGAGUGCAGAGGACAUUACCUGUCGGCUCUGAACUUGCACUGCAGCUUCUCAUUUUCUUUAGUACCAGUAGCAAGUAUCAUAUUUCUAGAACAUUAUACAGGAUACUGAAAUGGGUGCCAAAGAGAAGGGAGAAGAGAGAGAUGAUCAUUUAAGCGAUGUGGAACGAGGUGGUAAACAAGGGAAGGAGGCUGAAUCAGACUACGAACCGGCUAGAGAUUCCCUUUCAUCUCAAGGUGAGGCUACCAGUAAUGAAGAUUCUAAAGUGAAAAGAGUCUCAAGGGUUCCAAAGAAGCUAGCAAAGAAAGAGUCAAAGCAAAACAGCCCACGCUCGGCUAGAAGUAAUUCCAAUCGUCAAAUCCACACUAAGCUGCAAUAUUUAUCUUCAAACAAUACGCAGAACAAAUCUCCAAAACCAAACAAAGCAGUUAAUGGUGCUAAAACUGUAGAGGUGAAGAAGCCAGUGCCUGUGAAAUUUCCUUCUUGUUCUUCAUCUGAGGUGUCUGAGGAAACAGAUGAAAAAGCUAUUGAGGAUAGAGCCACAGAUGAUAAAGCCAUUGAGGGCAGAGUCAAGGAUGAUAAGGCCAUUGAGGACAGAACAAAGGAUGAUAACGCCAUUGAAGGUAGAGCCACUGAUGAUAAACCCAUUGAGGGCAAAGUAACCGAUGAUAAGGUCAUUGAGGGCAGAGAGACUGAUGACAAAGCUGUUGAAGAGGCAAAGGAGAUCGAUGUAUUGGAUGAAGCUCCAAAAUGUGAUCAGAGUACUGGUACUGAUGAUGAAAUUGCUGAUACGGAACAAAACAUAGUUGAUGGUGACAAAUCAAUUGCUUAUGAAAAGAAUGAUGAAUUAGUUUCAAAAAUUGAGAAGCUGGAGCAGGAGCUACGUGAAGUUGCUGCGCUUGAGGUUUCUCUCUACUCUGUGGUGCCAGAGCACGGUUGUUCAUCACAUAAGUUGCAUACACCAGCUCGCCGUCUGUCUAGGUUGUAUAUUCAUGCAUCAAAAUUUUGGUCCCCACAUAAGAAAGCAUCGGUUGCAAAAAAUUCUGUUUCUGGGCUUGUGCUUGUUGCAAAGUCUUGUGGAAAUGAUGUUUCAAGGUUGACAUUCUGGCUAUCGAACACAGUUGUCCUAAGAGAAAUCAUUUCACAAACCUUUGGCAUUUCACGGCAAUUAAGUCCAGUUAUGAAGGCUUUCAGCACAAACGGUAAUGUAAAGAAGCCUGACAGGAAUUUCGCUCCAAUGAGAUGGAAAAGUAACUCCAAUGGCAAGCAUGCUAGACCCAAUAUCAUGCAGCUGCCAGAUGAUUGGCGGGAAACUGGCACACUCUUGUCUGCAUUGGAGAAGAUCGAAUGUUGGAUCUUUUCUCGGAUUGUCGAGUCUGUGUGGUGGCAGGCAAUGACACCCCACAUGCAAACCCCAGUGGAAGAUUUAUCAACUCCAAAGAUCGGAAGGUUGUUAGGGCCUUCUUUGGGUGAUCAGCAACAUGGGAAUUUUUCUAUUGAUCUCUGGAAAACUGCAUUUCGUGAUGCUUUCAGCAGAAUCUGUCCUCUUCGUGCUGGUGGACAUGAGUGUGGAUGUUUACCAGUAUUGGCAAAAUUGGUGAUGGAACACUGCGUAGCCCGUUUAGAUGUUGCUAUGUUUAAUGCCAUCCUUCGUGAAUCAGCAAAUGAGAUACCCUCUGAUCCUAUAUCUGACCCAAUCGUGGACUCAAGAGUUCUGCCGAUUCCAGCUGGCGACUUAAGCUUUGGAUCAGGCGCACAGCUGAAGAACUCGGUUGGGAAUUGGUCCAGAUGGUUGACAGAUACGUUUGGCAUGGACGCUGCUGAAUCUGAAAAUGAUGGUCAAGAUGCAGAAGAUAAUGGUGAUGACAGAAUAGAUUCAGCUGAAUCAAAUUGUUUUAAGCUACUCAAUGAGUUGAGUGAUCUUCUGAUGCUCCCGAAGGACAUGCUUAUCGAAAAAUUCGUCAGGAAAGAGGUCUGCCCUUCUAUUGGCCUUCCAUUAGUAACAAGAAUACUCUGCAACUUCACUCCUGAUGAGUUCUGCCCUGAUCCUGUUCCUGGCAUGGUUCUGGAGGAACUGAAUUCUGAGAGCUUGCUGGAGCGCUUCACGGAGAAAGAUGGGAUCAGUGCAUUCCCAGUCAUUGCUGCUCCACUUGUGUACUGCCCCCCUUCACUGGAGGAUGUUUUAGAGAAAGUGGCAGACACCGGUUCCGGCAACGCAGAGUUGGACCGAAGGGUCUCAAUGGUGCAGAGAAGAGGGUACACCAGCGACGACGAUCUGGAUGGCCUCGACGCCCCCCUGGCAUCCCUAUACGAUAAGAGCGCUCCCCCCUCACCCUGCAAAGGCGCCGCGCAUUUCAGCACGCAGCAAGGAGCCUCCAUGGCGAAUGUCAGAUACGAGCUCCUGAGAGGAGUAUGGUCCGAGCGGCGGUGAUCGAGUAGCCUGUGAAGCCUCUUAUGGUUUCUGCUUUGUAGAAAGGGUGGGAUGACACUGAAGAAGAAACUGCUUUGGUUGCAACACUGAUGCUGAAAAGAAUCAGAAGUGAUUGCUGAUGUUGCCUGCUUAGGUCUUUCAGAAUUCGGCAAAAUGCUACAUAUGAAUAAUUCGGCAAAAUGCUAGUUCAUCUGUGAGCUCGUGCAUUGAUUAUUUUUUGUAGCAUACAGGGAAAUUGGAAGUGGAAGAAUAUAGCCCCUUCAUUACCUCCCAUUGUGUGACAGUGGCUAUAUGACUUGUAUUCUACAUUGGUACGGAUUUGGUGAUGAAAGAUUGGGUCGAGUAUCACACUA